UAAGACAAAAGAAUGAAAGAAGUAGAUAAUCUCGAAAGUAUAAAAGAAGAAUGGGUUUGUGAAACAGGAUCUGACAACCAACCUCUUAGUGAUGAUCAACAAAGAAAUUGUGAAUAUUUUGUUGACAGCCUUUUUGAGGAAGCUGAGAAGGUUGGUGCCAAAUGCAUGUCUCAGAAGAAACAGGUCGAUGUAAGUAUAAAAUUAUGGAAAAAUGGAUUCACAGUCAAUGAUGAUUUCAGAAGUUACUCUGAUGGUGCAAGUCAGCAGUUUCUGAACUCCAUCAAAAAAGGUACCACACCAAAAAUUGUUUCUAAGGCAAAGAGUACUGAAGUUGAGAAUAAAAAUAAUUUGUCUGUUGUUCAACUAAACAAUCUGGAACCCAUCACUAAUGUACAGAUCUGGUUAGCCAAUGGAAAAAGGAUUGUCCAGAAAUUUAACAUUUCUCAUAGGAUAAGCCACAUCAAAGACUUCAUCGAAAAAUACCAAGGAUCUCAAAGAAGUCCUCCCUUUUCCCUGGCCACAGCUCUUCCUUUCCUCAAAUUGCUAGAAGAAACACUCACAUUGGAAGAAGCAAAUUUACAGAAUGCUGUAGUCAUUCAGAGACUCCAAAAAACCGCUGAACCUUUUAGAGAACUUUCAUAA